UGAAAUAAACAUUUUCUCAUUACAGAGGAAGAAAGCUGUGGUUCAGAGUCCAGGAGAGAACCCAGGAGGCCAGCAGAAGGCCCCUUCACCUCCUACCAGGUGACCUUUGGCCAUUCCUUGCCUUUGAUGUGAAUGAUCGGGCGAUUCUGCUCCUCCCUCCAUCUCCCGGCAGGGGUUGUAGCGUGAAGGAAUGAGAGCAAAACCUCAGGUCCUCCUCCCCAGAAACCCUGUCCCGGUCUGGUCCCCACCCACCGCCACCACUGACCCAGUGCUAGAGAAGGGUGCAGCUGGAGGUGACUUCCCAGCUAACUCAAAAAGUCACAAGGGGACGUGGCCAGGGUGGGCGUGGUCAUUGUGGCCGGGGUCCUGCAGGGCGGGGCCGAGGCUGCAGACGCGACUGCGCAGGUCUAUAAAGACCAGACGUGUGAGGAAGAGACCUUCUCUGCACGGUCCCUGGACAGAAUUCGAGAUGAGGAGUCCUGUGGACGUCAGCUCCGGCCACACCCCUGCCUGGAGGAAGCUGCUUUUAACAGGCAUCCUGCUCACAUCCUGCACCUGCUCUGCCUUCUCGGAGCUGCCCUUCUCAACACAGCUGAACACCUGGACCGAAGGAGCCAGUGCCCACCUUUCUGUCCCCAGAAGACUCGAUGGCAUUUUCACCACGUCUUGGUUCCGAGGGCAUGACGCCCAGCCAGCAGCCAUGAUAUUCUCCCCGGAGGGCCUCCCAGGACCUGCCCACACUGGCCGGGAGAUGCUGGGCACCCAAGGCAGCCUGGUCAUUCGAAACGUGACGGCUCAGGACUCGGGCAGCUACACCGUCGUGCUGGAAACCAGCAGGGGGCGCAGGAGUGCGACAGAGCAGAUCCAUGUCAAGAACAGCUUCCCACCAGCGCAACUGAAGACAUUCCCAGCCGCUUUUGAGGGCGUCAUCCAGACUGAGCUCAACUAUUCUGUGAUCCUGCAGUGGAUGGUGAUAAUGAACCCUGAGCCUGUGGUGAGCUGGACCCACAAUGGGGUGCCCUGCGGAAAAGGAGAGAGGCUGUUCAUCCGGCGGUUGUCCACGGAGCAGUUGGGCACCUAUAUGUGCACAGCCACAAACAGCAAGGAACAGCUGGUCUCUGCGCCUGUGACCAUCUCACUGCCAACCAUCAUGCAGCCAACAGAAGCAGAGCCCAUGGAGCCAGACCCCACUCUGUCCCUGUCCGGAGGUGCUGCCAUUUCGCUCAUCGUGGCUGGAAUCUCGGGAGCUGGGGUGCUGAUUGGAGGCUUGUGUUUCACCAUCAUCCGGAGCCUAAGACGGAGAAUAUCCAGCUGAAACAUGGGCAACAAUCCCAUCAGCUGAGGAGGUGGGCACUUUGUACUUCUCUGUCCACGUGGAAAAAGCCUCCAUCCCAUAGCUUCCAAGUCCACAACAUCUCUGUUCAAGGGAACAACCCAGCUUAACCAGACUCCGUUUGUCCUGUUUCUGUAACACCUGAAGAAAGCAUCUGAUGGGUUGACCCGGUGCCAUCCGUGGUCCCAUCGCUGUGACACGUUGUGCAAGCAAAGCACCAUGGGCUCUUCCCUGUCUGUGGAAGCUCAGUGCUUAGAAAACAGGUGGGAGGUUUUACCUGGGAAAUUGCCCAGACCCCAAAAUAUGUCUAUUACACAUGCUGCUCUUUUUUUUCUUUUUGCUCUUUUUCAUAAAGAACCAAAACAUAAAUAAAAACACCACCAGGUCUGAGUGGUUUCUCAUGAA